AUGCCCAAGUUUUACUGCAUUUACUGUGAUACUUACCUCACUCAUUAUUCUCCAUCUGUGAGGAAGACCCACUGCAGUAGAAGGAAGCAGAAAGAGAAUGUGAAAGACUUUUAUCAAAAAUGGAUGGAAGAGCAAGCCCAAAGCCUGAUUGAUAAAACUACCCCUGCAUUUCAAAAAGGAAGAAUUCUUCCUAAUCCUUUCUCUGCACCUCCAUCAGGAGGGCCUAUGAUCCCAUCUCUUUACUCUAGCAUGAGGAAGCCUCCCCCUCCUGGGAUGAUGUUUAUGGGGCCUCCUCCUGGCAAAAGGAUGCCCAUGGGAGUUCAUAUACCUAUGAUGCCUGGCCCUCCAAUGAUGAGACCCCUUCCCCAUCACAUGAUGGUGCCCACUUGA